UCUCUGCUCGCUCCUCUGACUGCAGCAGAGCCACAGCAGAAAGUAAGGAUGGCAGUUUGGGACAAAAACCUUCUGUGGAGCUUCAUGUUCCUGCUGGCAGGAGCUGUGGGUGUAACUGUGAUCUAUCCUUUCACGUCUACCUGUGCUGUCAGAGGAUCCACUGUCACCCUCCCCUGCACCUUCACACCUCUGAAGUCUUUCAGUGAUGGUCAGAGAGAAGUUCCUCUAAAGAUCGUCAGAGUCCGCUGGUGUAAGAACCAUGAGAUCUGUCAGGGCAGCACUCCGUCUGUGUAUGACAGUAACUCAGCAAACAUCAAUUCUCGUUAUCAAUAUCUGGGAGACAUGAAGACAAACUGCACUUUACAGAUCAGAGAUGUUCAGCAGGGAGACAACGCAACCUUUCGCUUCAGGAUGGAAGCUGAUCAUCCUCAAGGACAUUUUACUAACAAGACAGGAGUGACUGUCACAGUUGUUGAUUCGACCAAAAUGAGAAUAAUCCGCUCCAGUGAUGAUAAAAAGUUCAGCAGAGGUGAAACCGUCACACUGCUCUGUGCUUCAGUCUGCACUUUCCACCAACUGGAGGUCACCUGGUUGAAAGAUGGCCACGCCCUCUCAGAGAAUGGCUCCUCCCUCCGUCUCAGCCCUCAGACUGCAGAGGAUUCUGGGAACUACACCUGUGCUCUGAAGAACAUGAAGACUCUCUCUGAGCCGUACAGCCUGCAGGCGGAGGCUGGAGCUGGUGGUAACCUUCCUCUGAUAGCUGGUGUGCUGUUUGUUGUCCUGCUGGCUGUGAUCGCGCUCGUACUCUUCAUCAUCAAAAGGAAGCUGAGAGCAGCAGAGGGUCAGAGAGCUGCUGGAGGUGAGACAGAGCUGAAGGUGAGUUACUGA